GGUGUUGAGGCGCAUAUGUAUGCCUCGCAAUGGUUUCUAACCCUAUUUACGGCCAAAUUCCCGCUUCACGUUGUGUUCCCGAUUCUGGACCUCUUCCUAUUGGACGGAAUGGACACUAUAUUUCAAGUGGCGUUGGCUUUGCUUUCCAUAUCCAAGAAGGACUUACUGGCGCUGGACUUCGAGGGCGUUCUCAAGUACUUCCGCGUAUCGCUGCCCAAGAAGUUCCGCACCGAAGAGAACGGCAAAUAUCUGUUGCGGACAGCAGUGGCCAUCAAAUUGAAGAAAUUAAAGAAAUACGAAAAAGAGUAUCAGAUAUGGAAAGAGUCGACAAAAGUAGAGAAUCCUAUCGAUAGACUCGAGAAGGAAAACAAGAGAUUAGUGGACUCGACGUUAAGACUGGAACAGGAAAACGACGAUUUGGCCCAAGAAUUGCUCACCACUUGUAACUCAAAGAUCAGAUUACGCGCCGAUUUGGACAAAGUGGAGGACAAGGCCGACACACUGUCCACUGAGUUGUUGACCACAAGGAGUCUUCUCGUCGAUGUCGAGGACGAGAAGAGGCGACUCGAAGACGAAGUCAAGUGUUUAAAAGAGAUGUGUCGCCGAGAGCUGGAAAGGGCUGAGUCGGAGAUCGGCCGCAACACCAGAAUCAUCACCGAAUACAAGCAAAUCUGUUCGCAAUUGCAGUCGAGGUUUGAGUCCGAGCAGAGCUCCGCACGCGAGUCGUUGGCCAAAGUGUUGGACAAAGUGCGCGACUGCGACCGUUGCGGACCACUCGUCGACGACACGAGAGUCUCUAUUGGCGGCAAUGAGAUGAACGGCGGCGACAGUGGCGCCGAUGGUGUGGACGGUUCGGCCACCGGUUUGUCGAAUCACUUUCACCAGAAGAUCGCCGAAUUGGAGUCCGAAUUGGUUAAGUCAAAGGUGGCGUUGGUUGAGUCCGAGUGCCGUAAUGAGGAAUUGAUACUACAAUUAAAUUCAGCGCAAACGGAGAUCUCGCAGAUGAGGGCACAGAACGACGAGUCGAAGAAUACGUGGCUCUCGAAGACACUGUCGUCCAUCAGAGACGUGGCCACCAAACCGUCGGCCACCGUAACCGCUAAGACCCCGACCACAGCCGGUGACCAGUACUCCAACCACUCGUCCAUCGCAUCCACUCCCAUGAGUCGCGACGUUAGCCGCGACUUUGCCAACACUUAG